ACAAAGAAAACGAAACCUACCGACGGCGAGGCGGAAUUACAGCUCAGCCCGCGAUGUAACGUUACGUAAAGUAAAAAUGAACUCUAAAACGAUACAAAGUUAGUUAGUAGUCCGAGAUGUACUCUUACCCGUGAGGUGACGCCGUAUCUGUUUAGUUGUUACUAGUAGUUAUUUACAAUGGCCGUGGCGAGACUCAACGAGCUCACGCAGAAACAGCGCUUGGUGGUUCGAUAUGAGGACGUUGGAUCUGUCGGCCCCGAUCACAUUAAAACGUUUACCGUGAGAGCAGUGGUGAACGGUAAGCCGUAUCCUGAUGGUGUGGGGAAGAACAAGAAGGAAGCCAAACUGAACGCAGCUGCAAAUGCCCUGACAGUCCUGCUUGAGGAAACAAUUGACCCUACAGAAAAUGCAACAGAAGCUUCCACUGCAUCAGCUGCUCAGACCGUUCUCUCUCAAGGCAACUAUAUGUGUUGGCUCAAUGAGUACAGUCAAAAGAACAGGAUGAUGAUCAGGGCUGUGGAGUCGACCCAACUGGUACCAAAUGGUCUUUCACCAUGCUGCUGCUGCUUUGUGGUUGGUGAUAAGGAGUAUCCAAGGGCCACUGGGAAAACAAAGAAGGAAGCUAAGGAGGAAGCAGCAAAGCUUGUAUUUCAACAGAUACAUGGCAUUGAAACCACAGAGAAUAUUGAGGAGGAGUACUGUGGCACGCCAAGCAAAGAAAGCAAAGAAUUGAAAAUGUCGGACAUCUGUGACAAGAUGAAGAGCAUGAGUGUGAUCACCAAGGAAAAAGCUUUUAAAGAGACAAAUUUCAUAAAAAUCGUCAAACACCACUGCCACAAAACAAAGCUCUUCCAUGACUACGUCCUAGAGGAAAGAAUGGGUCCAGAUCAAAGCCCGCAGUUUUUCUGCAAAUUAGUGAUCGACAACAGGAACUACCCUCUGGGGGAGGGCAAGAACGUAGAGGAAGCCAAACAGAAUGCAGCUCGGCUGGCCUGGUCUGCUCUCACGGAGCAGACGGACCGGGACAGCAAGUUGUCUCCGGGGUCGGCAGUGUCCAAGGAUGGUUUGUUUGCGUCUUCAGACAAACCGGAGUUCCUUGAUCCAAAAUCUGAAAGAGUGUCGACGGCUGCAAGUGACUCGGCUCUCUUCACAAAUUCAUCAGAUCCUCCUGUUGAUCAGAUUAAAAGUCCUGAUGUGAAGCCUAAAAUAAGAAUUGCAGCAAAUUUUCAAAACGCCUGCAGAAACAGCAAAGAGGGUGAAAUGCCCAAUUUCAGUGGCAAGAGUCCAGGAAGAAGUCCGAGUAAGAAAACGACAACCCAACCAUUGGCGUCAUGGUUUACAUCUGAGUUCGACUCCAUAGAGAGCCUCGGGAAAGGAAGCUUUGGUCAUGUUUUUAAGGCAGAGGAUAAACUACUGAGGAAGAGUUUUGCUAUAAAGAUUGUCCGUUGCAAAGAUGUCAAAAAAGCUCUAGGAGAGGUGAAGGUGUUAUCAGAUCUCAAUCACUGCAAUAUUGUUCGAUACUACUCGUGUUGGUUGGAGGAUUCAGGAUACCAAUGGGACAGUGCAGAGGACAGUUCCAGCAGUUCACGGUCGAAUGGCAGUUCAUCUGUAAAGUACCUUUAUAUUCAGAUGGAGUUGUGUAGCACAAGAACUCUCCGAGUGUGGAUAGACGAGAAGAACCUUCAGAAUGUGAAGAAAUCUCUGCGAGACUCCAAGAGGAGAGAAGAAAGUCUGACUAUUGUUCAGCAAAUAGUCAGUGCAGUCAAGUACAUUCACUCCAAGAUGCUCAUCCACAGAGACCUGAAGCCGGCCAACCUCCUGUUUGGGCAGGAUGGGGAAGUGAAGAUCGGGGACUUUGGUCUGGUGACUGAGGAGAACAACGACGAUGCUGAGAACAUCUUGGAGAGAACGGUGUACAAAGGAACCCCGUGUUACAUGGCUCCUGAGCAAAAGAGCAGGAGUUCGACUUAUGAUCGAAAAGUGGACAUAUUCGCUUUUGGGUUGAUAUAUUUUGAACUCCUUUGGAACAUCUCGAUCGGCCAGGAGAGGAAAAAGGUCAUGGAUGAUGCCAGAAACCAGAUAUUUCCUGAGAGAUUUUCAAGCAAUUUUAUCCUGGAGGUCAAAGUCAUUAAGUCGAUGUUGAGUGCAAACCCAGAAGACCGACCGGAAGCAAGUCAACUGAAGAUGCACCUGGAAGAGUGCUCCCAAACACUAAGAGGGCUUAAAGAUACACGCCGCGAAAGUAGGACUUUCUGACUUACAAGGACACUUAAAUAACAAGACAAAAGCAUCAGUCAUCACAAAUUGUGUUAAUUCGGGAUAAUAAUCCAUAAUACCUUUUUAUUUGCACUUUUGUAUUGCUAAUGAUCUCUAACUGUUUUGUGAUCAGAUGUGAAAAGAUGUGUCAUAAUCAUAGUACUGAUUUAUAAUACAAUAAGAGGAUUCGGUUAUUCAAAUCCGAGCAGACGGUUUGUGUACAUUUUAGAUUUUGUCACUCAAAAAAAUUGAGUGCAAAAAAAGGUUUAUGCUGAAUAUUGAGGAUUGCAUGGAGUUAUAGCCAAUUUUAGUGUUCAAUACUUUCAGACAUUUAGCUCCUAAAGCCAUGAAAUUUGGAAGUGGCACAUACAAAACCAGAUACAAACUCACGAGCAGACCUUGUGUUGUUUUCAUAACUAACCCGUAACAGUGGAAAAACCUCAAAUUAGCUAGUUUGGCGAUCCGGCAGUUCCUUGAAGUACAAUUCAGUAUUUUAUUGAUUGAAUAAAAUUCGAUAUGUAGCAAAAA